CCUCAAGACCCUCAUCACCAUGGCUACCCAGAUCCAAAUCAUUUUAAAGAUCCAUCAUUUGUUCGUAACAUCUGUUCAAAGUAUAAGCAAAAUCUUCAAGGAUAUGGAAACCAUUCUGAUAUGGUCAUGGAAAUCAAAGGUCUCUACUGGCCACACUGGAUGGACACUUCUCAACAUGGUGGAAAGUUUCCUAAUAACUUAGAUGCGGGUGCUGAAUUUAUGGUUCUGCUCUUGAAGUCCAUUAAACAAUGCACUAAUGGUAUAAUACCAAGGUACUUUGAAGUCAUAAAUGAACCAGAUGCUGCUUGGAAAUAUAUAUCAUGGAACACUGUUAUUGAUUUUCAUAGAAUAGUCGCACAGAAACUGAAAAGGCAAUUUCCCGGAAUAAAAGUUGGUGGACCCACUAAAAACACUGAGGUUGCAGGAAGUGAUAAGAGCGAUUUCCGUGUAUGGGGUUUUUCUCGACAGUUUCUUGACAUGUCAUUAGACCAUCUAGAUUUCUUUUCCUUUCAUCCCUAUAAUUUUGUCAUAGUGGAGGGAAAUAAUUACCGAUGGGAAGGCAUGAAUGAAGCAAGAUUAGUAGCAUUUAUGGAUACAGUUGAAAAUUACGCUUAUCAAAAAAAAGGUCAUUCCGUGCCUCUUAUCAUCAGCGAGUAUGGUUUAGCCGGCAUAAGAGGAAUGGAUGAAAAUAAAGCAAGUCCUUUCAUUGACUGGGCAUAUAUUAACCAGCACAUCAGUCACAUGUUUACUUAUUUGAAUUAUCGUCACGUGGUCGACUUGGCUGUUGGAUUCUUGCUUUCAUAUGAAUCAUACUUAGGCCAAGCAUCGUUACAUUACAGUCUUUUCCAUAGUGACGGCAGUAAAGCUAAUGCGGCAAAGGCUUACCAAUUUUGGCAUCAUGUUUACUACAGUCAUAAGUUUCUAAGAAUCGAUAGUUCGUUUGACAAUAAAGAGAGAAAAAUUUCACCCUUAGCGAUGGGAAAUCCCGACAAUGGUGACAUCGUGGUUUUACUCCAAAAUUAUGACAGAUCACAAGCAAGAGUAAAGCUAAAUUUCGAUCAUCAAUGGUUUUCGCCGUCUUCUGGAAUUUCUCAUUGCCAUUAUCUCAACUCGCACAAAGAACCAGUUUUGGAUGAAUGGAAAUCCAUGCAUGUUUCGAAUGGAUAUGUUACAGUUCCCGCUGACGGUAGCUGCAUUUUUGUUUUUCACGCUAAAUAUAAUUUCCACAAUGUUCACACUAUUGAGGAAACUACUUAUUAUGGAAACAAAAUGAUAAUGGGAAUAAAGAAAGAUUGUGCCAUUUGUAUUUUCUCCUGCGCAUCAUGUACAUAUGCAGCGUCAGCAAAUAUAAACAUUCAAUCACUAGGGAAUGUUCAGUACGCACGACUCAGAAUCGGAGUAAGUUUGCCCGGUAAUUCAGGUGGAAAUCCGGUCCCUAAAACUGUUCUGAUCAACAAUCAUCACGUGACAGCACAUUACCAACUGUUUGAACCAGGCCGAGGUCAUGAAGGAUCGAGAUGGGAAAGUUUUGAAUAUCAAAUUCCUGCAAAAUUUUUAAGUCAAAAUUCAAACGAGGUUAAGGUUGAAUUUAACCAAUCAGGAGGCUAUGUUUCAACAGUUGCUCUUGUAAUUGGGCGAAACUAAUGUACAUAAUUAAACUGAUUGUUUUA